AUGGGUGAUAAUAACAAUAAUAGCGAAAACGCGGUUAUCUACUACAGUUUAGAAGAAAUUUCAAAAAAUACAGGAUUAAAUGGAACAAAGUGUUGGAUUAUUUAUAAAAAUAUAGUUUAUGAUGUUUCAGAUUAUAUUACAGAGCAUCCUGGUGGGUCAGAAUUAGUAACAGAAUACGGUGGAAAAGAAUCAACAAAAGCAUUUGACGAUGCCGGGCAUUCAACUGAUGCUAAAAAUAUGUUGAAACCUUACAAAAUAGGAGAAUUAGCUAUGGAGGAUAGAAAUCAGAAAGGAGUCAAGAAAAAUAUUAAAUCACCCGACACUCCAUAUCGAAGGGGAUGCUUGAAUAUCGUAUCGUGUGGACUUUUAGGAUAA